UCUGCAUCACGUGCCUCGAGUUAUCGUUCUGCUGUAGACGUCAUCGAAGAUGUUAGCUGAACCGAUGACCAGAUAUAGUCAAACUCGAGCAUCGGUGCAACGCAGUCUGACCAAGAUAGUGCCAUCUAGCCAUGAUCAGGAGGAUCUGGCUUUGUCAGGAAAGCUGUCGUAGCCAUCUCUGACUCGGCAGGUUGAUCGAUCAAAAGAGUAUUUUAACCAGUCAUUGGUGUAGGAGAAUCCUCGGCACGUUCUCUCAGCUCCUAUCACGAUGACUCACGCUACUACGACUCUCGGUGGGACAGCGAGCAGCGUUGUCGUUGGUAGGGUCGCGCAUGGCUUGAUGUUAAUGACUUGGAGGCAGGACCCAAUCCCUGACGAACAGUGUUUUGAAGCCAUCAAGGCAGGCAUCGAUGCUCUCCCUCCGGGUGCCAAAAUGUUCCUCAUUGGAGGUAACCAAUUGCCCUCUCAUCGCGCAGAACUGGGUGGAAUUUCUCACUACUGUUUACCAGGCGAAUUCUACGGACACAAUCUAGCCACGACUAACCUCGAAAUGAUCGCUAGAUUCUUCGAGAAGUACCCUAGUUAUGCUGACAAAACCUUCCUCUCCGUCAAGGGAGGGCUGGUCCCGAACUCCUACGAGCCAGAUUGCUCUGCUGCGAACCUCAGAAGAAGUGUCGAGGCAAUAAAUGAGAAACUGAGGGGAACGAAGCGUCUUGACCUAUUUCAAAGUGCUCGUGUUGACCCCAAUGUUCCAAUCGAAGAAUCGAUAGCUGCGCUCGUCGAACUCAAGAAAGAAGGGAAACUAGACCAUAUCGGCAUGUCGGAAUGCAGCGCAGCAUCGCUACGUCGCGGUAACGCCGUCCACCCUAUCAGCGCAGUCGAGAUUGAAAUCAGCCCAUGGUCCUAUGAAGAAGAGACAAAGACAGUUAUCGCAACCGCAAAAGAACUGGGAGUAGCAGUCGCUGGUUACGCUCCCCUUGGGAGGGGUUUCUUGACUGGACAGAUCAAACGACCCGAGGAUUUGCCUGAGGGUGACUUCCGUCGUAGCUUGCCGCGCUUCCAAAAGGAUGCAAUGAGGCACAACUUUGCUAUCGUUGACGCAUUGUCUGAAAUAGCCAAGAAGAAGAACGUUACUGCCGCUCAACUCAGCAUCGCUUGGGUUAGUGCGCUCGGGCCACAUGUUAUUCCUAUUCCAGGUUCAUCGCAUGCUAAACGCACACUUGAAAACUGCGCCGCUGGAGACGUUGAGUUGACACCGGAAGAGCUUGAUGAGAUCAACAGAGUUAUCGAUAGCGCGGACAUCCAAGGGGAAAGAUACCGCACGGCUCAUACUCUGUGGGGCUGAGGGCCGGUCCUUUGUACUCGGGAAGUAUACGCUUUGUUCUCUCCUCUGUUCUUCACUUGUAUGUAACAGUAACAGUCGUCACAAUGAAUGCUACGGCAGGGUGGCAAGAGUCAAAUCACACAAGGCGACCAGGCCGUAGUCUGCAUAAUGCAUCGGCGUUUAAACAGCGGUUCUACCCCGGCGGAGAGUCUGCUUUCCGAGACUCCUUCCAGCAGCGACACCUAGCCAAGUGGCGUGCAUCUCUUCAUAGAACACUUGCUUGGAAUGUCGCAAUGUAAAAGUAUGUCUCUGACGAAAUCUUCUACUUUAAAUAAAUUCUGGUGGAUGUUAA